AAACUGUUUUUCGAAACAUAACUCAUUUAAAAACCGGUUGUGAGAUCGUCGGUCACUCUGAAGUUUGAUUCUUCAAUUCGUGACUCUCAUCUUUCAAUGGAAUCAGGUACGAAAUCACCGGCGUGGCUCGCCUUGCCCUUGAAAACACGAAUUUUGGUUUCGAUUCUCGGCGUCGCAACCGACAUACCUAGAAGGAAAGACGGCACCGUCAACCGCUGUCUCGCCAAAGUGCUCGACUGUCGGACGCCGCCGACGCCCAAACCCAGAGACGGUGUCAAGACAUAUGACGUCGUCGUGGAUCCAGCUCGCAAGCUGUCGUUUCGUGUGUUUAUCCCAAUAGACUACGCCGUUGAAGAUCUUCCGGUGGUUGUGUUCUUUCAUGGAGGUGGAUUCGUCUUCCUCUCCCCUGCCAUGAAGGUCUACGACGCUGUGUGCCGUCGGUUCGCCAAAGGUUUUCCUGCAAUCAUUGUUUCCGUCGAUUACCGUCUUGCACCGGAGCACCCGUACCCUGCGCCACAUGAUGAUUCCUUUGAUGUGUUGAAAUUCCUCGAUGAUGAUCAUGAAAAUAGCUCGAAACCAUUACCGGAGAAUGUUAACAUUUCGCGCUGCUUUGUUGCUGGAGAUAGCGCUGGCGGAAACCUAGCUCAUCACGUUGCUCAACGAGCCUCCGAAUUCAACUUCCGUCGACUCAAGGUAAUCGGCGUGUUGGCGAUUCAACCGUUCUUUGGAGGAAUAGAACGAACAGAUUCCGAGAUAAGACUGGAUGGAACACCUCCGUUGUCGAUGAAACGGACAGAUUGGUAUUGGCAUGCGUUGAUGCCGGCAAGUGACCGCGACGAUCCGAUCAUCAAUGUGAGUGGGCCAAAAGCGGUGGACAUAUCAAAGAUAGAUUUUCCGGCAACGAUGGUGAUUGUGGGUGGGUUGGAUACUCUACAGGACUGGCAGAAAAGGUACCACGAGUGGCUGCGUGAUUCAGGGAAAGAAGCAUCCUUGUUCGAGUACCCAAGCAUGUUCCAUGGUUUCUGCGUCUUCCCGGAUUUGCCUGAAUCCCAACAACUUAUAUCAGACAUCAAGGACUUCAUUCACAGAAUAUUAGACACGGUCUAAGCUUAAUACAAUAAACAAGAAGAUGAACCGAUAUGGUUCGUUAACCCGAUGUUUGUACUUUUAUUUUCUAUUGUUUUGGUUAUUGAAUUUCAUUCUUGUUAAGAAUAUCAUAUAUAAAUAUUAUA